AUGUCCGGUGUUCAAGGCGGCGUCUUUGUGUCUGAUCCAUCCAUUCAAAGCCAAUUCACGCCAGUUGAACUCCGUACCCUCAACUCCCAAUUUCUAGCAGCUAGUAACCAAUCUGGUAAAGUAAAAUUAGGUGACUUGCCUACAAUGACAGUAUUACUGAAAGGUAUAGAUGAAGGGUUUAAUGAGGAUCAGGUCAAGACAAUCUUGCUUGAAACCUCUUCUGAUCUAAACCAAGUUGUUGAUUUCGAAUCAUUCCUUCAGAUAUAUUUAAAGAUACAGAGCAAAGUCACGACGAAAACAGGUGGACCAAAACUAAAAGGUUCAACUUCAUUUAUCAAGGCUGCCACUACCACUAAUCGCCACAUGAUUAUUGAAAACGAAAAAGCCUCAUAUGUCGCCCAUAUUAACAAAUAUAUUGUUUUGUGCAGUAAGCUCAUCAAUAUAGCAGUUUCUGGCACAAUCGACGAACGAGCCAUUAAUACUAAAAAGAUCCUUAAUCCAUGGGAGAGGAAUGAGAAUCAUACUCUUUGCCUCAACUCUGCCAAGGCCAUAGGAUGUACAGUUGUCAAUAUUGGAACUCAGGAUAUUGUUGAAGGAAGAACUCAUCUAGUUAUGGGUUUAAUUUCUCAGAUUAUUAAGAUUCAAAUGUUAGCUACUCUCAACCUGAGAAAGACGCCUCAGUUGCUGGCAUUGGUUGAUGACAGCAAGGAUAUGGAAGAACUUAUGUCAUUGCCUCCAGAAAAAAUUCUACUGAAAUGGAUGAAUUUCCAGCUGAAGAAAACGGGAUACAAGAAAGAGGUUACAAAUUUCUCAGCUGAUCUUAAGGAUGGCGAGGCUUAUGUUCAUCUUCUUAAUGUUCUUGCACCAGAACAUGGCGAUGCUGGUAUUUUGGACUUGAAGGAUCCUUCUGAGAGAGCAGAUAUGGUUCUUGCUCAUGCAGAGAGAAUGAAUUGCAAAAGAUAUAUAGCACCAAAGGACAUUGUUGAAGGUUCAAUAAAUCUAAAUCUUGCUUUUGUUGCGCAAAUAUUCCAGCAGAGAAACGGGUUAGCAAUGGAUUUUGCAAAGAGUCCUUUUGCUGUGAUGCUCAUGGAUGAUGAUCAAACAUCAAAGGAAGAAAGGUGUUUUCGCCUGUGGAUUAACAACCUUGGAAUAGAUUCUUUCGUGAAUAAUUUGUUCGAGGAUGUCAGGAACGGAUGGGUUCUAUUGGAAGUUCUUGACAAAAUCUCCCCAGGGACAGUAAUAUGGAAGCAAGCAACAAAACCGCCAAUCCAGAUGCCUUUUAGAAAAGUAGAGAACUGCAAUCAAGUUAUAAAAAUUGGAAAAGAAUUAAAUUUGUCUCUUGUAAAUGUAGCUGGGAGUGAUAUAGUGCAAUGCAAUAAGAAGCUCAUAAUAGGUUAGUACUUCAUUGCGUAUUUAUAGAUCAGAUGUAGAAAUUUCCUUGACUGGUUAUGUUUUUUCAGCAUUUUUAUGGCAGUUGAUGAGAUUUACGAUGCUGAGACUCCUGAAUAAUUUGAGAUCAUUCUCGAAAGGAAAGGAGAUAACAGAUAGCGACAUUAUCUUAUGGGCAAACAACAAAGUGAAGCGUUCAGGCAGAAAAACUCAAAUGGAAAGUUUCAAGGUGAAGAAGAAGAAUGAACUAAUUUG